AUGGAUUCUGAACAGCUGCUAGAUCACUACAUUUCAGAUUCGCUACUGACUACUCUGGUACCGUUCCACGAGUUCAAGCAGCUUCUGCACUCGCACACGAGCGACGAGCAGCAGCUGCACCGCUGGUACAAACUGCUCCAGGCCAAGGAUGCGCAAGUGACCUCCGAUCUCCAAGUUCAGAUUAAACGUUUCUUCAUAGCCCUGCGUUCCAGGCUUUUACGGGUCCUGGAAACCGAGCAGCUGGCCCACUCCGUCAGUCUCGAAACGCUGAUCGACGCGCUGUACAAGAUCAACGACCUGUUGCUUCAGCGUUUGCAAAUUUUGGACGAUACCAUCCAUGAAAAGACUCUAGAACUGGCACAAUUCGAGAAAAUGGUCCGCUCAUCUACUGCUGGAGACGAUGCCAUUCCUGGUCUGUUAGAGAUUAUACAGUCUUACAUCAAUAUACUAGAUGAUAAUGAUAAUCAAUGA